UCUAUACCUACUUCUAUUAGUGUUACUGUUAGCCAAAGCAGUUUCUUAAAAAAAAAAGUUGUGAGCCUAAGCCGGAACUGCUUUCGAUCAGCACCAGUCCCUCAGCCGUUGGCCAUCGACUUUCCCCUUCUCUUCUUGGCUGGAGAAAGUGAGACAGACAAUUUCAAGGGUAACCAUGGCCUUCGUAACCACCGUAUAAGCCCGUUGCCAAGCUCAGUGAGUGCCGAUAGCCUCAAAUGGCAAGGCGUGUCCAUCUUCUUCCCAAGUUCUUCCUCACCACUCCAACCAAACCCCAAAAUCCCAUCUCAGUCCCUCUCUCCCAAUGCCUCUGCUCAGCCUCUACCCCUGAAGACCCUACUAAAACCCCAACAGAAAAUCAUAACCCUACCACCCUUCAUGAAAAACAACGCCUUGAUCAAGUUCAAAAGCUCCGAAUCCUCCUCCAACAUGGCCGAAUGGAAACCGCUCAUAGGCUCAUCAAGACCCUCGUUCACUCCAAAGAUCCAUUCUCUUCGCCCUCUGAUCUUUUCACCCUCUUUUCCCUCUCUUCACCCUCCAUGAAGCCUGCUUUCUCUGACGUGCUAUUGUUGGUUUGUUCAGAGUCCAAAAUGACAACCGAAGCCACAGAAUUGUAUACCUUAAUGAAGAAAGAUGGUAUUUUUCCUUCUUUGGCUUCUUUCAAUAUGUUGCUUGAGUCAUUGGUGGCUUCAAAACAGUUUAAGAGAACACUGGAUUUGUUUUCGGAGUUUUUGGAGUCGGGUAUUCGACUUGAUAGGUUCACAUAUAGUAAGGCAAUUCUGGCGGCGGUGAAGUUGGGGGACUUGAAUAGGGCCUUUGAGUUGCUGAAUAAUAUGAAGAAUAGCAGGGUGAGUCCUCAUGUGUUUGUUUACAAUGUGUUGCUUAGUGGGUUGUGUAAAGAGAAGAGAAUGAGGGAUGCGGAGAAGGUUUUUGAUGAAAUGCUGAAGAGGAGGUUGGUGCCGAGUUUGGUUACAUAUAAUACAUUGAUUGAUGGUUAUUGUAAGGUUGGGGAAUUGGAGGGUGCCUUUGGUUUGAGAGAAAGGAUGAAGGCGGAGAAUGUGGAGCCGAGUCUUGUUACGUUCAAUUCAUUGCUUAGUGGGCUUUGUCGGGCACGGAGAAUGGAUGAUGCCAAGAGGGUGUUGGAAGAAAUGGAGGCCCAUGCAUUUGUGCCAGAUGGAUUUACUUAUAGUAUUCUAUUCGAUGGGCAUUUGAGGUGUGGUGAUGAUGAGGCUUCAUUGGCUUUGUAUGAAGAAGCAAUUGGAAAAGGUGUAAGGUUUAACAACUAUACUUGUAGCAUUUUGUUAAAUGCGUUGUGCAAAGAAGGGAAGAUGGAAAAGGCAGAGAAGGUAUUGAAGAAGCUAAUUGAGAAUGGACUUGUUCCAGAUGAGGUAAUGUAUAACACAAUUGUAAAUGGAUUUUGUCGUAGGGGUGAGGUGGACAGAGCCAUUUUGACGAUUGAACAAAUGGGAAGUCAUGGGUUGCUGCCGAAUUGCAUCACUUUCAAUACUUUAAUUGACAAGUUUUGUAACAUGGGGGAGAUGGAUAAGGCAGAGGAGUGGGUAAAGAAGAUGGCAGAGAAAGGAGUUUCCCCAAAUGUUGAGACAUAUAACACCCUUAUUGAUGGCUAUGGACGAAAGUUAUUGUUUGAUAGGUGUUUCCAGAUUCUUGAAGAAAUGGAAAAUAAAGGGAUAAAGCCAAAUGUUGUAAGCUAUGGUUCUCUCAUACAUUGUUUUUGCAAGGAUGGUAAGCUACUUGAAGCUGAGAUAAUCCUCAGGGAUAUGGUAGGAAGAGGGGUUUUGCCAAAUGCACAGAUAUAUAAUAUGCUCAUUGAUGGUAAUUGUACGGCAGGGAAACUGAAAGAUUCUUUUAGGUUUUUGGAUGAAAUGGUGAAAAAUGGGAUAGGAGCAACACUUGUAACCUACAAUGUGCUCAUUAAUGGGCUCUGUAAAAGGGGAACAAUGAUAGAAGCUGAAGAUUUGGUUUCCCAGAUCACUUCUUGUGGUUAUAAUCCUGAUGCUAUCACAUACAACUCCCUAAUCUCGGGGUAUUCCAAUAUAGGAAACAUCCAGAAAUGUCUCAACUUAUAUGAAAAUAUGAGGAAGUUGGGCAUUAAACCUACUUUAAAUACCUAUCAUCCUCUAAUUAGUGCAUGCAGUGAGAAAGAUAUAGUGCUUGUAGAGAAUUUGUUUGAUGAAAUGUUACAGAUGGGUUUGUCUCCUGAUCGAGUUGUAUAUAAUGCACUUAUUCACGGUUAUGCAAAACAUGGUGACGUUCAAAAGGCAUUUGCUUUGUAUCAUGAGAUGAUAGACCAGGGUAUUCAUGCUGACAAGAUGACCUAUAAUAGCUUGAUUCUGGGGAACUUUAGAGAGGGAAAGUUGUCUGGAGUAAAGGAUAUUAUUAAUGAUAUGAAGGCUAAAGGAUUUGUUCCUAAAGCUGAUACUUAUAACAUACUUGUUAAGGGGCAUUGUGAACAAAAGGAUUUCACAGGGGCAUAUAUUUGGUACAGAGACAUGUCUGAUAACGGUUUUCCCCUAAAUGCCUGUACAUUCAAUGAGCUCAUCACUGGCCUUCGACAGGAGGGGAGGUUGCAAGAGGCCCAGAUUGUUUGCUCUGAAAUGAAGGUUAAACUAAUGGAUGAUUGGAGCAUCACUGAUAAACUUUCUGUUGUUGCCUAAUAGAAAGAUGUUUGGACUGUGGUUAAGCUCUCAGCACAAUAUUUUGUUGAGAAAGAGAGACACAGAUAUUAUAUCAGAAAACUUGUUCCUUAGUUUCUCUAUUUCUAAACUUCUUCUGGCAAUAUACAUCGUUAUUUAUUUAUUUAUUUUAAAUGAAAAAAAAACUAUUUUCAAGAAAAAUACAAAAGCAUUGCGUUCUUUACAUGAAAACUCACUCAAAGCAGAUUUUAAGUGCAAAACUUUAAUUUCAAGAGGGGCAAAACUUAGGUACAGUUUUGUAGUUGAAAUACAUUAGGUCCUCCAAUUAAAUUCAAACGCAUGGUUGCAUUAACCAAUGAAGCAUAAAUAGUGUUAUUUUUUCAAGGACAAUUAAAUUCAAUGUAGUUAGAAUUGCUUAUGGAACCCACAGAUUUAUAAGAAAUUUUUAGAUGUUUACAUUCACAAAAUCUAUUCAUUCUGCUUUUAAUAAUAAUACAAUAAGCUGUUUUCAUUAGGGAGCUCUAAAUCCUUAUUAUACUAAAAAACAUGUUUACUAUUACAUUUAUAAUUCCAGAUAUGUAGAGAGGGAUACUGCAUGUUUAUUUAUUGCUCAGGUUCUCUCACUCUGGAAAGGAACUUCCUGGAUAUGAAAACUUAGCAGACAUUUCUUUUUCUUUUUUUCCUUCAGGAAGUCUAAACAUUGGGUUAUGUUACUUAUCAGGAGAUAUUGUAAGAUUUUUUUUUUUUUUUUUUUAUAUUUUAAAUUCGUAUUAUUGAUUAUGUGAGUACUGGUUAUGUAAAUCAUGUCUAUAAUGUCCACCUCAAAUACCUAAUCUCAACUUUUAUGUCUAAAUUUAUUGCAGGAAGUUGCACAAAUUGGUAUGUUUAUUUGGAACUGCAUUAUUUUUGUGGCUUUUUUCUCCUUUUUGUUUGAGCUCUGUUGUUCCUUUCAUAUCUGAAUGACUCUUAAUCAUAACCCUCGAAACUUCUUUUGAGUUUGGUGUGUUGCCUUGGCUGUGAAGCAUUAUAAUUGUCUCCAUAUUUAAUUCAAUUAUCCUUAAUUUAUUUAUUUAUUUAUUUUUUUGUGCUUCUCUGGUAUUCUUGAAUUUUAGGGGGUUAUGUGCACCCUUAGGGUUGAAGAUAGUGAAAGGCCUUUUUUUUUUUUUGGGCUUUGGCUUAUAUGGUUUUUUACAGCAGCCUUAUUCUGAUUCAAGGAAAUCAUUAUUUGAAAAUUUGCACCACCUUCAUGAUCAUUAUAAUUUUAUAUAAGUAUCAUUCAUAAAUCUCUUUUGCCGGUCUUGUUUGUACUGCUAUUAAUGUAAUCAUCAUUCCAUUUGUAAAGUUUUUCACAUUGCAACCCCUUUGAGUUUUUAUCUUAUCACGUGGGUUUAGUUAAAGUUCAUACCCUGUUGACUAAAAGCACUGAAAUUCAUACUCUGCAAGACUGCAACUCCCUUUGGCCUUUCAUUUUGUUUCCUCCUUUUGGUAUGUGUAUACUUCUUCCCAUGAAUUCUUCUAGUCUCUGUGCGUUCUUCACAGUUGCCUUGCCAGCAUGUUUAAUUAGAUACAUAAGAUGCCAUGGGCAAGGGAAAAUUGCUAAGCCAGUUGAAGUGGAAAGGUCAAGUGAGCCUGAAAGCCAGUUGAGUCUGAUGUGGCUGAUCUCAAUGAAGACAAUGAUCCUGAGGAGGUGAUGAAUGAAGAGGUUGAGCAUGAAAAAGUAGAGGAAGAAGAGGAGGAAAAGGAGUAGGAUACUGAUAAUGCCAAUGGAGCUGGUGAUGAGACAAAGGUUGAAGAUGAGGAUGAGAAAAAAAAAUGCUGAACUUCUUGCCCUGUUGCUAUGGUUCUGAAGUGUACAUAGUUGUCAUUCCCAUGAUGCUUAGGGGGACUUGGACCUUUUUUGUGGAUCUAUAGGUUCAAAUUAUGAAAGACGAAGAUUCUGGUGAGAACAAGGGCUUUGCAUUUGUGACCUUUAGAAGUGCAGAAUUAGCUUCUAAAGCCAUUGAUGAGCUGAAUAAUACUGAAUUUAAGGAUGCAAAGAAUCCAAGCAAUAAUCGGGGCUUUGCUUUUUGUUGAUUACCAUAUCCAUGCAAGUGCCGAGUAUUUGGCAGAAGGUGAUGAAACUCAAAAUUUAAGCUAGGUGAUAAUGCCCCAACUGUGAGCUUGGCUGACCCAAAAAAUGCUGAUUCUUCUGCUGUUUUCAUAGGUCUUGUAAAUUUUUUUCUUUUCUUUAUAUAAAACUUAUAGCUAGGAGUCGUCCACAUUUGAGGACCAACUAUUUCAGUUAAUGUAACAGCAAUAUGGAGCCAUAAUAAUAAUAAUUUUUUUUUU